AUGAGUACCAAAAGGCGAAAAACCGAAGAUGGAGCCACUCCAGGUCGCAAACGAGCCCGAAAAGAGCCAGGAGUCGACCAAGUGAGUUUUUUUCAACAUUUUUGUUUCGAAUUUUAGGAGAGACGUUCGAAGAGAAGGGCUUUUUUUACUGUUGAAAGUUUUAUUUCGCGGCUUUUUGGUGGAGAAUUUAAUUUCCAAACAAGUGGAAUUUGUUUUGAAUUGAAAUUGUUGAAAGUUGGAGGAGAAACGCGACUUUUAUUUCAAGAAAUACCAGCUGGUAUCUAAAACAAUAUAAUUUUUUGUUGAAAAAAACUUUGAGAAUUUUCAUAAUCCAUGUUAAUACGUCUCAGAGCUCUGCAGAGCUCGUAAAAAUUCGUAUAAACCUGCAUUUGUAAGAGAAUCUUUUUUCCAGAGCAGCCUUUGCCAGGCCCUCUUCAACGCCAUAAAAGCGGCUCGCGAUGAGUCAGGCGCCCUGAUCUCGGAGACAUUUAUGCGUGCACCAUCACGCCGCUCCGACCCCGAGUACCACAAUGCAAUCCAAAAGCCCAUCGACAUUGGACGAAUCUCACAGAAAUUGAAUUCCGAUGACUAUGGGACUUUUGAGGAAAUCUGCGACGAUUUUGAAUUGCUGAUCAAAAAUUCGUUGAGCUAUUAUAAGGUGAGGGCUGGAAGAGAGGUAGAAAGGCUUGAUUUAGCAUUUGAGAGGGGUGUCUUGUUGAGUUGAAGGAUUAAUUUUGAUAAAAUUGAGAUUUUGGAUAUUACACUAGACAAAUUUGACGUUUUUUAAUCAAAAAUGGCUUGUUUUUCGAGUUUUUUUGUUUGAAAUGGAUGAAUAAUACUAUGAAGGUUCUUUUGAAGGUAGAAUGAAGGAAUUUUGGUUUUAAAUUUGUGUUGUUUUUAUAUAAUUUACCUUAUUUUAGGCUGACUCUCAAGAACGAAAGCAUGCCAUCGCUCUGCAACGAGUUUUUCAUGAAGAAAGAGAUAAAAUCUUAUUCCCUGAAGAGGAAACAAACUCCAAAACAGCUAAAAAGUAAGUAAAAAAGUAUUUUUUUGGCCUAUAUUUUACCUGAUAUUGUACUAGGUCAAAAUUUUUUUUUUCAAUUUUUAGUGAGCCCAUCGAAGAAUGGCGUCUCCAAGCUGUCGUCUGUGCUAUCCUCGACUUAACGGAUAAACAAGGAAGGCUAUUAUGCCCGCCAUUCCGAGUUCUGGCACCUCGCGACAAAUUCCCCGAGUAUUAUGAAGCCGUCCAGAACCCAAUUGACCUGCAAAAAAUUGGCCAAAAAAUUCGAAAUGGCGAAUAUGCGAGCUGGAAGGAAUUCCAAGACGAUCUCAGGCUGCUUUUCCGCAAUGCAAAGACUUUUAACGAACCUGGGAGCGUCAUUUACAAAGACGCCGUUCAGCUAAAUCAGUUUGCAAAUGCGAAGUGUAAUGAACUCAAGGACAGUAAAAAAAUGCCAGCGAAAGAGUAAGCCCUUUUAAUUUUGUUUUUUUCGAUGUUUAGAGACGAUUGGAUCAAGUUUUUCACAAAUUUGGACCUAAAGUUAUAUUGGACUUGACAAAUCUUUCAAGUUUUUGUUUCAGAGCAAACAAAAAUAAAGAAACAAUCGAAGAAUUGCUCUCACAAAGCUACGAAGCUGAUGAGGACACAAUUUCCGAGGAUUCGGACGAUGAAAAUCAGGAAUCGGUCUCGGAGGAAAUGCGAAAUUUGUAUUGGAAGGUCCGAGACCACAAAAAGGAUGGAAGAGAACUGUCGGAAAGCUUCAUGGCCCUUCCAGAGAAAGUGUAAGUGAUUUGGAAUGAAGUAGAGAGGAGGUAGGGUCGAAAAAAUCAAAGAUUUUUAUGUAUUUAUAUCAGUGUCAUGGAUAAUAUAAAUUUUUGAUUUUUUAUCAAAAUUUUUGGUUUGAAGGGUGUGAAAUUGAGAAAAUAAGCCAUAUUGAGGAUUAAAAAAUGGUUUGGUUAUAUGAAAACGAAGAUUUUUGAUAUUAAUUUAUAUUAAUUUACCUUGUUUUAGACACUACCCCGAUUAUUACGAGGAGAUCACAGACCCGGUCUCGUUUUACCUGGUGAACAAACGAAUGAAAACUGGCACCUAUGAGAGCAUUGGAGAGCUCGUGGAAGACAUUCAUAAAAUCUUCUGCAAUGCCAUGACCUACAACGUCCCCCAAUCUGAUAUUUAUGAAGAUGCCGCGGAAUUGGAGACGUUCCUGAUCAAAACGGUGAAGGAAAUGGGAAUUGAAGUGGAUAUCAAGGUAGGAGAGGGGAUUUAGUGGGCUUUAAGAUGGGUUUUACAGGGUUUUUUUGAAAAAUUUUAUAUUACUUUAGACGAUUUUUGAUGAUUUUUGGUAAUUUUGGUAAUUUUUUGGCUUUUUAUUCAUAGAUUUGACUAAAUUAUGUAAUAGUAGAGCAUCUGGAGUGUUUUAGAACUUAGUUUAUUAAAAAAAUGUAAAAAUUUUUACCAUGUGUAAUAUAAUUUUCGCUCUGAAAAUGCAAAUUUCAGCCCUUCACGGAUCCCCCAGAGGAUGAAGAAGAAGAGGAGAGCCUUCCCGCGCCACCCACUCCCGUCAACCCACCCAAAAAAGGCCGAAAAUCGAAGGUGGAGAUGACCGGCAGCCCAAGCCCCGCCCCCUCCAGUCCAAGUGUGACCCGCCAAUCCGCACAUCGCCUCAGCAUCACCUCCGAUGACAACUCCAACCUCGACCAGUCGUCCCCGGGCUCGCCGAAAAAGAAGCGUGGAAUCCCGCCGAGCCGAUUACCAACGGCAAUCGAAUCACGAAAAUUGCUGAUCCCAAAGCGAUUGAAACGCGAUCCGAAUGGCCCGAAAAUGAAACCGGGACGGAAAUCGUUCAAUGAACUCAGAGAAAGAUACAAACAGAAGCUGAUGGAGGUCGUGGAAGGCCUUCAAAGCAUCACGGAAGGCGGCCGAAGAAUCUGCAAGGAAUUCCUCUUCCCACCGAGCCCAAAAGACUUCCCGGAGUACUAUGAAGCCAUCAAAAAUCCCAUCGAUUUAACCCAGAUCAAACACAGGAUCCAGAAUGGAGAUGUGGGUCUUGAAUUUUUGAAAAAAUUAAAAAAAAAAAAUUUUUUUGAAAUUUUAUUUUUUGAGUUAAAUUUUGAAAAAUAGUGAAUGUAGAAAGAAAGUUUGUGAAAUUUAAAGGCAGAUUAAGGGGUUUUGAUAUAGGUUUUUAUAUAAUUUUGGGGAAAUUUUGACACCUUUUGACCUGGUAUAAUAUAGCAAAAAAAAUUUUUGAAAUUGACGAUUUUUUGGGGAGUUUGGGAUUUUAUAAGAUGUGAAAUGACCUGAAAAAUAAUUUUAGGAUAGUUAGGAGUGGUUUUGUUACGAUUGAGUUGGGAUUUUUAUCAAAAAUUUGAAUUUCAUACCUAGUGCAAUAUAAAAAAAUUUUUAAAAUUAGUUGAAUUUGAAGAUUUUAAUGAAGGAAAAGGUUGUCUAUGAGAUCUUGAUUGAUUUUUUGAUGGGAUUCAACGAUUUUUUAAUUGAAAUCGCAAAAAUUUUACCGAAUUUUUUACCUAAAACAAUGUAAUUUUUGGUGUUGUUAGAUGGAAAGGUUUUGGAAAUAGAUUAAAAAAUCUGAGUUAUAUGGAAUUUGGUUUCAGUACAAGGUGUCGGACGAAUUUAUGGACGACAUCCGCCUCAUGUGCCGAAACGCCCGCCAUUUCAACGAACCAGGCUCCCAGAUCUACAAAGACGCCAAUACCCUCGAGAAACAGGGCCUGCAUUUGCUGGGAAUCGUCACCAACAACACCUCUCUGCAUUGCCCACCACCCAGCAAGUAAGAUUUUACCGAUUUUUGACAUUUACGUUUUUUGUCCAUAAUGUUUUCAAAAAUCCAUAAAUUUUGACGUUUUUUGUACAUAAUCGGUGAUUUCAGAAAGCAACCGACCUAUUUCAACGGAGAUCUGGAUGAAGAGGUCCCAUACGUGUAUAAGCCAAGCCCUAAGAUCAAAAAAGAACGGCCUCCGCCGACUCCGAGCCGCCUCAACGGCCUCCAACAUCACAUGUUGUCCAUCCUGGACGCAAUUUCCAACUGCAGAGGCGAUAAUAAUCGCCUGUUGUCGGACAAAUUUAUGCGACUACCCUCGAGGGCGGUAAGGAAAUGAAAUUUGGCGGAUUUGACGGGAAAUUGAAAAUUCAGGUUUUCGUGGUGGGACCUAAAAUUGAAAUUUUUUGAAGGAAAAGUGGUGGAAAGGGUAUUUUGGGAGGGUAUAUAUGGAGUAGGUCUAAAUUUAGGACUUUUUGUGGCGGUUUUGGUCAAUGUGAGGUUUUCGUGGUGGGACCCAAAAUUUGGUUUUUUUUUUGGAAAUUCUUGAUUGGAAGGCUUGCAAUUGAUGAGUUGAGAGUGCUGAGAAGUUUAGAAUUGAGAUUUUUGUGGGAUGUAUUGCGUAUAAGGUUUUCGUGGUGGGACCCAAAAAAUAGUUUUUUUUGUAUUUUUUUGAUUGGAAGGCUUGCAAUUGACGAGAAAAGAGCGCUGAGAGGCUUAGAAUUCUUAGAAUUGAGAUUUUUAUGCGUUUUCUUACUUAUGAGGUUUUCGUGGUGGGACCCAAAAUUUGUUUUUUUUCGAAAUUUUUUUUCCGAUUUGACUGUUUUCGUAUUUUAGGAGUACCCCGAGUACUACGACAUCAUCAAAAAACCGAUGGAUUUGAGCAGAAUCCGCCACAGAAUCGUCUACAAGCCCUACGAUUCGCUGAGACUUUUCCUGAACGAACUGAACUUGGUCUUCGAAAAUGCGUGCAAAUUCAACGAACCGGACUCGGAAAUUUAUCGCGACGCCAUCACUCUGCAAAAGGAACUCAUGGAAAUCAAAGCGGAACUUUUCGAGGAGUCCACGGUACCCUCGGUUCAAGUGCAAGUUAAGAGAAUUUUAACCAACUUGCUGGUCUAUGUGAACACCUACGCCGAGAACGAGAGAGUAUUGGCGGAUUCAUUUGCCGACGUCAAGGAUUUGUUCGCGAAAAACGGCCUCGAAGUGGCGGAAAUGCCAUUCACCUUCGACCAGCUGAAGAUCAAUGUGGACAAAGGAAGAUACCGAAGACUGGACCGCUUCCAAGACGAUUUGUUUGCGUUGUUCGCGAAGGUCAGACAACUCACUUCACCCACCAGCCAGAUUUUCGAAGACUCCAUCAAGCUUCAGUUGGCUUUUAUCAAUAAAAGAGAGGAGUUGUGCAAGACGGUCCUCGUUUCCCCGGCCAGCACGUACAAUGAGUCCAUGCUGAACGACGAAGUGGACGAACAAAGGAAAGAACAUAGACUGAAGUUGAAGGAGGAAAAGAAAUUGGAGAAGGAAAAGGACGAAAAUCAAGAUUUGGAGGUAAAAAUUUAUAUUGUAGUAGGGGUUGAGGGGAGCCUUGGAAAAAUUGAAAUUUCUGGGGGAUUGUGGGAAUAUAGUAAGGUAAAUUGAUGUUUUCAGCAACAAGAAGGCUUGGAGAGUGUUGAAAAAGAUGGAAUCGAAUACUCGAUCGGCGAUUAUGUUUAUGUCUCGUCCGAAAAAGAACAACGACACAUUUUGAGAAUUCAGAGCAUAAAAAGGGUCCCAGAAGAGAAUAAUGAACUACUGAUUAGUGGAAUCUGGGUCUAUAAGCCAGCACAGACCUUCCACUUGGCCACAAGGAAGUUUUAUCCGAAUGUAAGUGCAGAUUUUUUUGGAUUUUUUGGAUAUUGUAGUAGGUGGUCAUGGAGAAGAUAAAAAAUGGGAAAAGAUCGGGUUAUAUUGAGGCAAAAGUGAUAGUAAUAGAUUGUUUAUGAGUUUUUAAGGAAUGUAGAAUAGAUUGAGAUCAAUUUUAGGCCAAAAUUUUGAUUUUCAAGUUUUCGUGGUGGGACCAAAAAUUUUUGAAUUUUUGGGGAGAAUGACCUGUCAAUGGCUGUUAAAAAAAUUUUUUGUUUGAAAUCGUAUUUUAGGAGGUGUUUUUGACCGAAUUCCCCGGAAGUGUCACCGUCGACCGGCUGAAGGGAAAGUGCGCCGUGAUGUUCGUUGACGACUACUGUACGUCGGAACCGAAAGGAUUCGAAUCCAAGGACAUCUACGUGUGCGACCAUCAAUAUUUGGGACGACGACUUCAUUUCCGCCGACUUUCCACAUGGCCGUAUCCGGAAGAUGCCGAGAAGUUGAAAUUUGAAGCCAGACCGGAGGAAAUCACGGUGGAGAAAACGGAAACCAGCGAGUUUGUGAAUUCAGAGGUGAGGCUUUUGAGAUUUAGGGGGUUUUGAGGCGUUUUGGGGAGUUUGAAAGUUUUCGUGGUGGGACCCAAAAUUGGGUUUAAAAUUUUUGAAAUUGGGGGAUAUUUUUGAUUGAAAAGUAAAAUACGGAGUGUAGGAAUGGGUUUGAAAAGAUUUCGGGAAUUUUGAGGCGUUUUGGAGAGUUUGAAAGUUUUCGUGGUGGGACCCAAAAUUGGGUUGGAUGAUUUUGGAAAUUGGAGUAGAUUUUGAUUGAAAAGUAAAAUAUAGAGUCUAGGAAUGGUUUUGAAAUGAUUUCGGGGGAAUUUUGAGGCGUUUUGGGGGGGGGGUUUGAAAGUUUUCGUGGUGGGACCUAAAAAUGGGUUUAAAAAUAUUUGAAAUUGGAUUAGAUUUUGAUUGAAUAGUAAAAUACGGAGUAUGGGAAUGGGUUUAAAAAGAUUUAAGGAAUUUUGAGUUUUCGUGGUGGACACAAAUCUCAUUUAAAAAAAAUUUUUUAUUCGAUUUUUUUAUUUUUAGGCUGCCAAAUCAACAAACGACGAGCCCAGCGAAGACGAGGACGAAGAGGAAGAGGACGAGCGAAUGCGUGGCCUUCCAUACGUUCUGGAUGUGCACAGGGAAGAGGUGAUCCUCAAAAGACAUGUCGCAAAAUCUCUGGACGAGGACGAAGAACCCCAAGAAGAAGGGGAAAAGGAAGAAAAGGAGGCCGAAAAGGAGCCCAUCAAGACCGAAAAAGAACCCGAAAAGACCGAAAAAGAGCCCGAGACGGCUAGCGCCGAUGACGUCAUAUACUACGAGCAGAUUUACACCGCCGGAAUGUACCUGCGACACGGCGACUUUGUCUUGGUUUUCAAUCCAAAGAAGCCGUUUUGCGAUGUGAUGCGCAUGGAAAAGAUUUGGAAAACCCCGGAUGGGGAACGAUAUUUCUCCGGAUCGUGGUUUUGCCGACCCUGCGAGACCGUCCACGAACCCUCCAUCAAGUUUUACAAAAAAGAAGUUAUCAUGGUCGAAGGCCGAGAUCGCGUCGAAUUGGUCGAUUCGAUUCAAGCCAAAUGCACGGUGUUGACGAUGAGGAAUUGGCAGACCUGUAGGUGCAAAAAUUGGAGGGAUUUGGAAAAAAAUUUUGAGAAAUUUUUUGAGUAGUAAAAUUAUAUUACUUUAGGGGAAAAAGGAUUAAAUUUUGGUGAAUUUCAAUGGAAUUUGAUGUAAAAUACGGUGUAUACAGAAUUACCAGCCUAAUGAAGUUGUUUUAAAAUACAAAAUUUUUGAUUUUUUAUCGGAAUUUUGAGAUUUUUCAAAAAAAAAAUUUUGUUUUUUUUUUGAUUUUUAUGUGAAAAUUUUAGGAUUUUAUGAUGCAGUGGUUAAUUUUCAGGCAUCUUCAGACUAUUAAAAUUGUUUUAAAAAUACAAAAUUUUUGAUUUUUUAUCGGAAAUUUUGGGAAUUUUCAAAAAAUUUUUUUGCUUUUUUUUGAUUUUUUUGAAAAUUUGAGGAUUUUAUGAUGCAAUGGUUAAUAUUCAGGCUUCUUCAGACUUUUAAAAUUGUUUUAAAAUACAAUAUUUUUGAUUUUUUGUCGGAAAUUUUGCUAUUUUUCAAAAAAAAUUUUUUGCUUUUUUUUUGAUUUUUAUGUGAAAUUUGAGGAUUUUAUGAAGCAGUGAUUUGUUCAGGCAUCUUCAGACUAUUAAAAUUGUUUUACAAUCCAAAAUGUUUGAUUUUUUAUCGUAAAUUUUUCGAUUUUUCAAAAAAAUAUUUUUUGCAUUUUUUGAUUUUUUUAUGCAAUACCAUGAUGAGUAAUAUUUUCAGCCCGUCCGACGGAGAUCCCAGAGUGCGAUGUGUUCGUCUUGGACCACAAAGUCUCGGGCGACCCCAGGGAUCAGGAGAAUUACAUGAAAUACGCCUCUCACAAAGUUUUCCGCCGAAUCAAGGUAAGAAUUUGUAAAAUACGGGGGUUUCCAAUAGGCUUUUUUAGAUUUUUGGAGAAAAAAAAAUUGAAAAAAAAAAAAUUUUUUGAGCUUUUGAAAAAAAAAUUGAGCCAUGGAAACGGCCAAUUUUUGAUUACAUAAAACUACUUUCGAAUGCAAAAACCCCUCUCAAGAGGGGACAGAAGUAAUAAGCGUUCGACGAAAACACAUGUUUUAUUUUUUUGGGGACAAAAAAAUGGAAAAAAUUGAUUUUUUGGAAAAAAAAAAUUUUGAAAUUGAAAAAAUGACCAAAAAAUUGAUGGUUAAGCACAUUUUUGAUAUGCAAAUUUACUUAAAAAUGAGUUAUUUUGUAAAAUUUUGAAAAAAAAAAAUUGUUUUUGCAACCCAAUUUUGGGUCCCACCACGAAAAUUGUUGGUUUUGGAGAAGUUUGUUUUCGCCACUCAGACGUUUGCACCGUACAUUCUCACCCAUUUCCCGUACGAUAUAAACCCGAUCCGACCUCAUAAACCGUCAACAGAGGGCUUAAAUUUCCGCGAAGCCGGAGAAAUCGGAGAGAGUGGGGCGACGAACGGAGAGCACAGCCGGAAAAACGAAGCCUAGAGAGGAAUGCAAUCGGAUAUUAUUUACUAUUCCACCACCAACCCCCAUUGAAAUGCAGUGGAAACGGACCAAUUUCACCGUUAAUUGUCUGGAAACCCCUCAAAAGUCGGGGUGAUCCCUCGAGAAGCGGUGUUUUCUCUGCCCACGAAAAUCGCAUCACGCUGUGAUGUCUCGCACCGGCCGCAGAACCAAGAAUCCCCCGCUUGCCGAAGCCCCACAGCCACCCAGAAAUGAGUCGCUAACUGUCUGCCGUCUCUUCGAAUUGAAUGUUUUGUCGAAAUCCUUCGGAAAUUGAUGUUAAUCUGGAAGAAAUGGGUCGGAACUGAUCUCUCGACGUUUUGUUUUCAUCUCUGCGGCUUCGUAAUGACACAAGAAAGGUUCUGAGUCUUGCCGAGUCCUCUGGCUGUCUGUAAAUGAAGAUUGGACAUGUAUUUUGUCGACUUUUGCUGUCUGCUCCCGUGAUCUCUCGCUCCGUCGCCAGCUGAACGAAGAGCUCCAGUCGUUGGUCGCUGCCCAUGCUGCGGGACCUUUAACGCCUCCUUUGAGAGACUCUUUUGCUCCAAAACCCUCGAUUUCUCUGUCGGUCUCUCGGAUUUGGUGAGUUAAAGUCGACUCUCUCGUCGCACUGUCCAUAAAAUCAGCGGAAUCGGACUUCUCCCGCCUCUCUGGUCAAACUGCAUUUGUUCGUCGGGCUCUCUCGUUGUUUCCCGCGGUAUCUCAACAGCGGACUCUAGACAUGGCUAUAGCCGCCCCGCAUCCAUCGCCGCGUCUCUCUCGGCGCGCCAUUAAAACGCGGUUAAAGCCGGGCGCGCCUCAUGCUUAAUGUCCCCCCCGAAACGAACCGCCACCGCCGCGAAACCCCUCGCGUCCCAUUGCCGUCUUGUGCUGGUCGCCGUCUCGUAUCAAAACAGCGUAUUUUGUCGUUUCUCUGCUUGUCUAGAGCCCCGAAACAAGAGAGGCCAGCGGAUUGCACUGUGCAGUCACCUCUCUCGUUGUGUCUCAAAGAAAAGCUCUUCUCGCACCCCGUUUUUGAAUACCCUCUGUGGUCUAGCCGUCCAGUUGUCUCUCGUCGGUCUCGCGUCGUCUCGAAUGGUCGUUUGGUGUCUUCGCAGAGCGUUGUCGCUCGAUCUCGCAGCCAGCCGCCCAACCAGUCCAACUAGAAAAAACUCGGAAUGCCCCUUGUGCUGGUGGUCGCCCCGUUCUCCUGUCUCUCGGCGGCGAGAAGAGAGCGGAGACUCGCCCCUUUCCCCCCUCCAUCAAGCCUCGCUCGGUCCCUGCUGCCUGCCUCCCUUCCCGUUGUGCUGAGAGGAGGGGAGAGUUCGUGGGUUCGGUCGGUGCUUCUUCUUCUUCGCCUUCUUGUCGCCCCUGCCUGCCUGCCUUCCUUGCCCCCUUUUCUUCUUCUUCCUUCCUUUCCAGCUCUCCCCCCGUCCCUGCCCCACCAGCAGCGAACGGGAUCCGUUCUUCGCCGCCGCCGCCCCGGCUCCGCCACGCCGAACCCAGUGGAGCCGUUCGCCCGAGCCAGCGGCUCCAUCGGCCAGCGCGGAGCGCGCAUUCCGAACCCGCUUUUCUCGCAGGGCGUCGAGCCCGCGGAAACGACGGCGGAGACGCCGGGGACUCGACGCGAAACUCGCACGUGUUUUUGAUGUAUGGGCUUCGCGAAGGGAGUUUCGGAUGUGACACGGCGUUUGGCUAGCGGGGUUUCGGCUGUCCGGCGGGCUCGUUUUAACAGCUAAAGCCUUGGCUUGGAAUGGUUUGAUGGUUUUAUCCUGGAUCUUUGAGUAUUCAUUGAUUUUAGACCGGAGUUUGGCUCAUAGCGCGUGCUAUAGCCGAAUAUUGUUGGACUUGCGAUGAUUAGCCGGUUUUAGAGAGAAUCUAUUGAUUGUUUUAUGCAUUUCGAGAAGUCCGGAGGAGUUUCAGCUCCAGAAACGACUCCGCCGCAUCUUGAAAAACCCUCCUUCGCCCCUCGGAUUCGCCCCAAAAGCGGCCGCUGCGAGACCUUUUUCCCCCCUCUCGAAGAACCAUGUGCUGGCCGUGCGGAACGACCAAAACUUGUCUCUCUUCCUCCCCACACUGACGUGUCCCGUGGCCUCUUCGCAGCCUGUAAGCCACCUGAAGCCCCUCAAAAAGGGGUUUAGUUCUCCGCGGGAGCAAUAAAAUUACUCCGCGAAGUAGCCGAGCGCUGGCAGAGGAGUUGCUUGUCUUCAGCCACUUGCUUUACUUUUUUUACCCCCUUCUCCGCGAAGCCGGACCCAAAGCGGUAGGGGAUCUCGCAGAGAAGGCCCGAAGCCAGCCAGAGAGCACAGCACAUGGAGAUUGAGGUAGAGAAACAGAGAGAAAUAUGGCUUUGACAUUAAACUUGAGUUUUGUAUAAAGGAAAAUGGAUAAAUAGAGGAUUUUUAGGGUUUUUAUCUGUAAAAGUUUUAAUUAUUCGCCUAAAAUUGUUGGAAAAUAUUUUGAACUGUAGUCUCUGAACGGAACGAGUUGUUUUCGUAACGAAAAUCGGUCGGAACAUUCACCAUUUCGAACACAUGGCGACCUUCUUUGUGAUGUAAACAAGCGGUAAAAAUAUAACUCUGUGGAGAUGAUAUCGCGUUUUGUGUACGCAAAAUGACAGAGAAUUUCUAAUUUUCUGCAACAAACCGUCGGAAAAUGCGUUGGAGAUAAGGAACGGGCCAAAAAUUAUAUUACACUUGAUAUGUCAAUUAUAAUAUAAUUUUUUGCCGAUAAAACGCGCUCAAACCAAAAGGAAUAGGUACGAGCACGCGGGUUAUGACCCCUCCCGUCCACACAUCACGUCGCGAACGCCUCUUUGCUCUUCUCCUUCUCGCCCCUCAGGCUCCUUCCCCCCUCUUUUUUUUUGUUUUUGCCCCGCGUCCAGCCAAAACUCUCGGAAGCGGGGAGCCCCCGCUUUGGUCACUCGGCUCACCCCGCUGACCGAACCGAGUAACACGCUUGGGAGGAACGGUGAACGCCGUUCCGAGCUUUGGGAGGGAUUUUUUGGGACUUUAAAGCUAGAAUAAGGCCGAAAAUACCGAAUUUUGAGGAAAUUGGGGAGAAAAGGGAGUGGGAAUGGCAAAAAAUUAAAGGAAAUGCCUCUAAGAAGUUGUGGAUGCUAUGUUGGGAGUUGGAAAUUUUGAUUUUUGAAGAGAAUUCGAGAUUUUUUUGUUUUUUGACUAAAGUAAUAUCCAAAAAAUGAUUUUUUGAAAUUUCAGCAAUACCCAUUGUCGGCCGCUGUACCGGAUGACGAAGUUUUUUACUUCAAGAACCCAGUAACCAUGGAACGAGUGAGUUUUGAAAAAAAAAUUUUUCGAAAAUUUUUGAGAUUUUUUGAAAUUUUUUUGAAUUUUUUUUAAAUUUUUGGCAGUUGAAAAAAAUCGCGACUUGUUUCAACUGUAUUGAAUAGUCUUAUAAGUCUUAUAAUGCGCGCAAUUUGCAGGAACUCUCCUCGGAAGUCGCGAAAACCGACAACGCCCUGCCCAUCGACCACCACGACCUGGAGAAUGAGGACCGGCAUGUCACGGAGCAGCUGGAAAGCUCCCCCGUCCUCAAGGACAUUGCCUGGCUCGCCAACCAACCCAAGCUGAACGCCAAAUCCAAGUCCGGCUACAUCCUGUUUUCGGCCGAAAUCCGCAAACGAAUCAUGAACGAGAACCCGGAAUCGGGCUUCGGAGAAGUCAGCAAAAUUGUCGGAGUGGAGUGGAAAAAACUCACUGACGAACAGAAACGACAAUACGAGGAACGAGCCAACAUCAUCGCCGAUGCACGCGCCAAAAACGACCUUUUAACACCGAACAGCAAGGUCCUUCAGGUAGGAUAAUAUAAAUUUUGGAGGAAAGUUGGGGGAAAGUUGAUUGAAAUUGGGUUGAAAUAGAAAUAUGAGAGUAUUUGAGAGCCACUGCUAUGAGUUUUUUCAGUUUUUUGAGGGUUUUGGACGUAGAGGAAGAGUUGGCAAAUUUUGGGUCAAGUGUCCCCCUUGAAGGGGGACAAUGAAGGAAAAAUUCGGAUUUUAGGGGGAAUUUGGUAAAGUUGAGGUGGAUAUAAGGAAUAGAAGUAGUUUAGAAGGCUGUAGAAUCUUUUUGGACAAGUUCUGAGUUGAUUUGGCAGGCAGGGUAACACUUGACCCAAUGGGUCAAGUUUUCCUCUGGCGAUAAAACGCUUAGAAAUCAGCGAAAUAAGGAUAAUUUUGGUGUGAAUUAGAGCGAUAAGAAGAAUUGAGGGUAGUUUUAAGGUGAACAUAUUUUUUCAGCUAAUAUUUGACCUUAUCCAUGAUGAUUUGACCAAGAUUUUAUUUCCCCAAUUUCAGCCCGGUGAGAUCCGCGUGAACGUGUGCAAAUGGCACGGAUGCGACUACCAGUUCGACCAUCCGGACGGCCUCUUCGAACACAUCCGCGUGAGCCACGCGUCGGCCGACGAAAACAAGGUCGUCAUCGACGGCGAGGCGCAUUACGCAUGCCUCUGGAUGACCUGCGUGAAGUACCGACAGACCGGAAAACCCUUCCCAUCCCUUCCCAGACUCCUCCGCCAUAUACGAGAGAAACAUAUGCCCGCUUCCGGCAAGGUUAUCCAACCAAAUCAGAGGGGAAAGUAAGUGCGGGUUUUUUUUGAAGAUUUGGGAGGAAAUUUUGGAGAAAAUGGGUAAAAUACGGCUGAGAUUAAUGGAAUUUUUGAUUCAGAAGGGAGUAGAUUUUAGAUGAAAUUAUUAUUUUAUUUUUUUGAAGGGAAAAUUUUUGAUUUUUUCGACGAAAAAUGAGAUUUUUGACAUUUUUUUGGAUUUUGAAGGAAAAUUGGUAAAAUACGUUUUUUUAUGGUGGUAUGUUGGGUUGAAAGUUAAUUUUAUUGUGGUCAGUGGUGUUACGGUGAUUUUUAUUUUUAAAAAGUUUGAUUUUUUUGACGAAAAAUGGCGAAAAUUUGAAAUUUUUUAAAAAAUUUUUGGGAUUUUUAAAGAUAAGGCUAAAAUGAGAGUUUUUUGGCGAAAUUUUUGUUUUUUUUUUGAUUAAUGAGUAAGAAUAAAGUGUAAUAAAGCUAAUGAACACAAUUUCCAGACACUUCUUCCACUACAUUCCGCAGUCGGAGCCCUCGAACAACUCCACCAAGGACCAGUCGCACGGCCUGUUCAUCAACCAGCCGAACGGCGUGACCACGGCCACCGCCGUCGCCCACAAGACCGCCAUCCCGCUGGACGGCCCCCCAACCACGCCCUCCUCCUCGGUCCCCCCUUACGCCGCCACGCCCUCGACUUCGGCGGCCCCGCCCCACUCCCACCAAACCCAACAAACGCAACAAGUCUACGUCCAACAAACCACCCCCGCCACCACACAAGUCGUACAAGUCAUCAACGGCUCCAGUUUGUCCAUCAACGGCUCCUCCGUCGCCUACCUGAACAGCUCCACCCCGUAUCAGGUGAUCGUCAAUCACCAGCCCCAAACCAUCCAAGCCCAGCCCGGACAACAAAUCGUCGUACAACAUGCGGUCCCCUCAUCAAGCCAACAACAUAUUGUUGUCCAUGGAGCCCAACCCCAGCAACUCCAACCCGGCCAAUAUCAGAUCCAUCAUGGCCAGGUUCAACAGCCCCAAACCUCCACUUAUCAGAACACCGUGGUAACGGCGGCACCAAAACCUGAGCCUUUGUUUGUCCCACCACCCAACUCGAUAAAGGUCAAGAGGGUCCUACAUUCGAUGACCUAUUAUAAGUAAGUGAUGUCUAGUGUAAUAUAAAAAAGUUGGGGAAUAGAGCUGAAAUUGAGAAUAAAAAUAAGGAAAGGCCUGUGAAUUAUGGAAAAAGAAAGAAAAUCGGGAAAUUUUUGGAAAAACUGGGAUUUUUUGAGGUCGGGGUGUCUAGUGUAAUAUAAAAAAGUUGGGGAAUAGAGCUGAAAUUGAGAGAAUAGAGGGGGAGUGGAAUGUAAAAUACGGAUUCGAGAGAUUUUCUCUUAAAUUUCAGGGAAAUAUGGAUUUUUUUAGGUUUAGGUGUCUAGUGUAAUAUAAAAAAGUUGGGGAAUAGAGCUGAAAUUGAGAAUAUAGAGGGAGAGGGGGAUGUAAAAUACGGAUUCGAGAGAUUUUCUCUUAAAUUUCAGGGAAAUAUGGAUUUUUUUAGGUUUAGGUGUCUAGUGUAAUAUAAAAAAGUUGGGGAAAUGAACUGAAAUUUAGAAUAAAAAUAAGAAAGGGCUGUGAAUUAUGGAAAAGAAAAAAAUCGCGAAAUUUUUGGAAAAACUGGGAUUUUUUGAGCUUGGAUUGCCUAGUGUAAUAUAGGCUCAAAAAUAGUCAAGGCUCUGGUUAACUGAGUUGAAAUUCGGGGAAAGCAGAUAAAAAGGGAUGUAAAAUAUGAUUCUUGCACCUGUUUUGGAUUUUUGAAAAUUUGCUUGGAUUUUUUGUCAUCAGAUCUCUAGUGUAAUAUAAGGUCAAACGUAGGCAAAGAUAAGGCUAGAUUGAGACGAAAUUUGAUUACUAGAAGUUUUAUGAGGUGUAAAAUGAUUAUCCAAAAUAUUUUUUUGAUUUGAAACUAAGCAACAAUUGUUUUCAGAUACGUGGAAUCGAUGAAUAAAGUAAGGGCAAACCGGGUAAAUGGACAUGAACGACCGCCGAAAAUACGCUCGGAUCAACGGAAAGCAUUCUUGGCGUUAUUGGGAAGGGUAAGGAAGAGUUUAAUUUUUUUUUUUUUUUUUUUUUUUUUUGGAGAAAAAUAGGGGAAAUUGCCUAAAUUAAUGUAAUUUUUAAUAUUUUUUUUACUUUCCUUGAGUAAAUUUUGGAUAAAAAUUAAUUUUGGACAAGUUUAGGACGAGAACCAACGACUCCGAGACGACGAAAUGUCCCGCGCCAUCCACCGACUCCGCAACGAUCUCCUGGAAAGCGUCUCCAACAUCCAAGCGGUGGAAUACAUGCUCGACCCAUAA